AUGAUCAAGCUUGCAGUUAUUUUGUGCGUGUUCAGUGUGGUAUUUUGUGCUCCACAUGCUGGAUAUUACUACGGGGAUGGUUAUAGUGGGUAUCCUGUGGCCAGCAGUUAUGUAAAACGAUUGGACGUUUACGGCAGCCCUUACGAUGGUGGAUAUUAUGACGGUUAUUAUGGAAGUGAAUAUGAUGACGGUUAUUACGGUGGAGAUUAUGGAUAUGGUGGAUACGGAGGAUAUGGGGGUUAUGGUGGAUAUAACAAGUUGUACAACGGAUAUCCAUACAAAAAGGCAUAUGGAAAUUAUUAUGGAGAUGGGUACAAAUCAAAUUAUUAUUACAAGAAAUAA